GAUUUUAACUUGGCUUUAAACGGCACUGAACUUUAAUCGGACUUCAGGAGCAAGAGAGAAAGAUCGCUAGUGCUGGUUAACGUUAUUUACAUCUAUAAAGAGUCAAAGCGGAUCAGUUGUAUCGUUUUAAAUUCAAGUUCAACGCGUAAACUUUUAAGUAUUUUUACUUUCUUGUCGCAUAAUUCUCUAUGACACACUCGAAGUGUCGACGGAAAUUUGGCUAUUUUUGUUGUAUGUGUAAUUUGUAGUGUGGAUUUAGAUUAAACUAACGUUAAACCAAGAUUAAAAUUAAAAUGUACCGGAACAACGUUUUCAUAGAAACCUGCGAUCUGUCAAACUGCAUCGAAGUCAUUAAAGAUCAGCUGUAUUUUGCUCUUCUUCCUCAGAAGGUGAAGAGCUCUCCUGACAGACACUGUUUCUGCAUAGAUGAAGAGCUCUCCUAUGAGAACUUCUAUGCAGACUUUGGCCCGCUCAACCUCGCCAUGUUUUAUCGCUUCUGUUGCAAGCUCAACAAGAAGCUGAAGUCUUGUGUUCAUGCAAAGAAGAAAAUUGUGUUUUAUACCUGUGGGGACCGAAAGAAACAAGCCAAUGCUGCGUAUUUGAUCGGCUCUUAUGCUGUAAUGCAUCUACAGAAAACACCAGAAGAAGCAUACAGCCUUCUUGUCUCUCAAAAUGCAUCGUAUCUUCCUUUUCGAGACGCGUCUUUUGGAACUUGCAUGUACAAUCUGAAUAUUCUUGACUGUCUACUUGGCGUUCACAAGGCUCUGCAGUUCGGCUGGCUGGAUUUCUCCCAGUUUAAUGUGGAGGAAUAUGAGCAUUAUGAGCGGGCAGAAAAUGGAGAUUUUAACUGGAUCAUUCCAGGGAAGUUUUUGGCUUUCAGCGGUCCACAUCCAAAGAGUAAAAUUGAGAAUGGAUACCCUCUUCAUGCCCCUGAGGCGUAUUUCCCGUACUUCAGGAAGCACAACAUCACCAACAUCAUCCGGCUCAACAAGAAGAUGUACGACGCCAAGCGUUUCACAGACAUGGGCUUCAAACACCACGACCUGUUCUUUGUGGAUGGAAGUACGCCUAAUGAUGCCAUCGUCGCCAAGUUCCUGAACAUCUGCGAGAACGCUGACGGCGCCAUCGCGGUCCACUGUAAAGCGGGUCUGGGCCGAACGGGGACUCUGAUUGGCUGUUACAUGAUGAAGCACUUCAGAAUGACUGCAGCCGAAGCCAUCGCGUGGAUCAGGAUCUGCAGACCCGGAUCAGUCAUUGGACCGCAGCAGAACUUUGUUGAAGAGAAGCAGGCGAGUCUCUGGGCCGAGGGCGAUCUGUACCGUCAAAAAGCGAAUGUAAAGGAGCAGGAAAACGGCUCGAGUAAAACGGCAGUGGCUGGAAUCCUGUCCGGAGUCGAAGAUAUCUCCAUCAAUGGCACAAACAAGAACAUUUCACAGAGGAAAACAGCCACUGAAACGCACACAGAGGAAGAGGAAGAGGAGUGUGGCGGCCUCACGCAAGGCGAUAAACUACGAGCUCUGAAGAGUAAGAGGCAGUCCAGGGCGUCCACGGGUUCACUAUCGCUGGAAGAAAAUACAAUUCACACCAAAUCCACAUCUAAGUCAUUAAGCUCGGAGAAGCGGAAGAGAACGCGCGCGUCGCUCGGCUCCAGCGGGACCAGCAGACGAACUCUGUCCGGAAGAAGGAAAGUGCUUCACGCAAUGCCAUCGGUGCGCUUUCAGAGACCAUGGUAUCCUUUCUUCCUUCUGCUUUUCACUUCUGGAGUGUUUAAAGCAUGUGCAUGUUGUGCUCUGGGCGUUUUGCACACAGUGGUUCGGUGUUUAAAGCGUCUCUUGUCUUCACAGUAACUCCAUGUCCAACGCUCGAGCGCCUCUCCUCCGCUGAUGUCAUCACUCCGGUUUCACUUCUUCAUGGGUUUCUGGACUCGUCUAUCAACAGAAAAAUCUGCAUUUUUGUUUUAUAAAGCGUAAAAAAAAGUGUUUUGUUUUGUUUUUUUAAUCAGAGAAAGCUUUAAGCAUCUGUGAAGUUAGACUUUUUAUCCCGUUGUAAAUAUCGAGUGUCAGACGCUGCCUUUGUUAAUUAUGCAUUACUAAUAUUGUUUUUAAUACUGUAUCUAGUACUUUAUUGAUUCUGGUACUUUAUUAACUGUAAAAGAUCGAAUGUGAAUCAUGGCUGAAAGCUGUAUAUAUAAGCUGGAAUUUGAUAGAUUUUGUUUUGUUUUUUUUUACUGUAAAUAAUGCAAAACUUUUGAUUUUGAUGACCAAAUUUAAAUCAUGAUAAUUUCACAUGUAUGUAUAUAUAUAUUAUAUAUAAUAGGAAAGGAUUUGAGUCAUAUCCCUUUCAAUAAAUCCUUUCUGCAAUGAU